AUGCUAGCGGUGCGAAGGUCCUCUGGUGCCGGUGGUGGUACGAACACUUGUCGACGAUGGUUUGCAAGAAGCCCAGCACCGAGAACGCUCUCCCGCCUCACUUGGCAUGGGCGAAAGUGCGAUACACCCGCCGUUGCCGCAGUCUCGGCAACGGCUCGACCGGCAGCGGCGGCAUCAGGCAGGUUUCUGGCCGGCGGAGACGAUUUCCGCAGCAACGGCUUUAGGAGGAGGAACGCUCACUCCGUGGCAACAACGAGCCGGCAGCCGCAGCGGCAGCAGCGCAUUUCAUCGUGGUUGUCGCCAUCGUCAUCUUCGUUGCUCGCGACUGCCGCGAGGCAAGGGACCGGGAGGCGUUCUUUUGCGACAGGGCUCCAGGGCGUUGCUGGCGUCGGCAGUGCAAGCGAAGACCCAGCGGGAGGCGCUUUGACGCCGGGGGUGGCGGGGGUAGAGGGGCUUCACAGACCCGAGGAUUUCGCCCCCCUAGCGGCGGCGGCGGUGGUGGAGUCGGACAGGCUGAGAAAGCCCAUCAGCACUGGGGAGGUUUCCACACCCUUGGGGAUCCUUCGAGGGGUUGACGCCAUCAGCAACACGGUGUGCUCGGUCAUCGAUGCCGCGGACUUCGUGAGGAACGCCCACGCCGACGAAGGUUUUCGAGUUGCGGCGGACGAGGCGUUCUCGGUGCUGGCGGAGUACAUCCAGGACCUGAACGCCGACGACUCGCUGUACCGCGCGCUGUGCGGGGUGGUCGAAGAAGAGGGCGCGAUGGACGGUUUCACGGGAGAGCAGCGGCGGGUCGUAGGGCUACACAUGGCGGAGUUCGAGAGGGGAGGCAUUCACCUGUCUGGGGAGGAGCGUGCUGAGGUGGUGGCCCUCCAGAACGAGGCUACGCGGCUCGAGCGGCUGUUCGAGCACAACAUUCUCGCCAAGAGAGCAGCCUUUCAGGUGAACCGGAAGGACUUGCACGGAAUCCCGGAGUUCAUCUUGUCCCGCAUUCCCCAGCCGGAAGGGCAGCCGGCCGACCGCUUCACCCUCCUCACUGACCAGUCACUCAUGAGUGACGUCAUCAAGAACGCUAGGAGCGGUGCGCUCCGACGCGCCAUGUAUCUCGCCGGCAACUCUGUGGCGGCAGAGAACGUACAGGUGCUGGAAAGGCUGAUGGCGGUCCGGCACAAGCUGGCUUUACGGGUGGGGUUCGACUCUCACGCCCACAGGAUGGCUUCCGAGAAGAUGGCUGAGAACCCGGAGGAAAUCGCGAGGUUCCUGGAGGCGUUGUCGGCGGGGAUAAGGGACAAGGCUGAGCAAGAGGCAAGCAUGCUCCGACAGGCUAAGAUGGAGGUGGAGGGGUCCUCGGAGCUGUACGCUUGGGACAUUUCGUAUUACAUGGGAUACGUCAAGUCAAGAGAGUGCAACCUGGACGGGCGAUCAUUGUCGGAGUACUUUACCCUUGGCGGGUGUCUCGAAGGCCUCAGGAUGGUGUGCAGGGGGCUGUUCAGCAUCUCCCUCGAACAGGUACCUAUUGAGCCGGGGGAGAAUUGGGCAGGGAGAAGUGGGGGGGGGGUGCGGAAGCUUGUCUUGCGGCACGAACAGGAAGGGGUGCUGGGCACUAUCUACCUGGACCUACACAGGCGGGAAGGGAAGUUUGGGCACGCGGCCCACUUCACGGUCCGUUGUGGGUGUUAUCAACUCCCUACGGUGGUUUUGGUGUGCAACUUUGGCCUGCCGGAGCCGCCGCCGGAUGGUGGAAACGCGAAACAGUCCAAGGAACGGUCCGGAAAGGAUGACGGCAGGCUCAUGUCCCACUCGGAGGUGGAGACCCUGUUUCACGAGUUCGGGCACGCCCUGCACUCGCUUCUCUCUCGCACGGAGCUGCAGCACGUCUCGGCCAGCGUCCCCGACGCUGUCCAUCGAGUGCGACGAGGACUACGACAACAACGGAGGCACUACCGCACGGGCGAAGCACCCCCCCCCGCCCUGUUAGACGGCCUCCACAGAUCGAAAACCCUCUUCGCCGGGCUGGGAAUCCAGACGCAGCUGCUCUACGCGACCCUCGACCAGCAGCUGUUUGGCCGCCAGCCGGAGGGGGGUGUUUGGUCGUCGGCGUCUGUGGCUGAUGCGUUGCAGGAGAGAAUCGCGGGGUUGCCGCGGUGCGAGGGGGCGUUCUGGCAUUCCAGGUUUGGACACUUCACCGGGUACGGGGCAAGCUACUACGCCUACCUGUACGCCAAGAUGUUCACCAGCGCCAUCUGGGAACGACACUUCGCAAAGGACCCUCUCAACAGCGACGCCGGGGAGCUGCUCUGGAAAGAGUUGCUCAUCCACGGGGGCGCCAAGGAUCCCCACGAGAUGCUCCGGGUGUUGCUGGGGGAGGAGCAGGGGAGCGGGGGCGACGCGGGGCUGAGGGCGGGGGUGACCAGCCUGCUGAAGGACACGGGCGCGGUAGCGACAUGA